AUGGGCUCCGUUGACACCGUUGGACCUCUCUUCCAGCCCAUCAGCUUUGGCGCGCUUUCUCUCAAGCACCGGAUUGUACAAGCACCAUGUACUCGCAUGCGUUCCUCAAAAGAGUCUGAAGGUGUUUUUGUCCCCAAUGACCUGAAUGUGGAAUACUAUUCCCAGAGGGCGUCCGACGGAGGUCUGAUGAUCAGUGAGGCGACCCCAAUUAGCCGACUUGCGGCUGGGUACCCAGGAGUACCGGGCAUAUUCACCGCGUCCCAGAUCGCAGGCUGGAAAAAGGUCACCGAUGCCGUGCAUGCCAAAGGUGGUUUGAUCGUUUGCCAACUGUGGCACGUUGGUCGAGCUACUAUUCCAUCCUUCCUGGAAGGAAACCAACCUGUCAGCUCGAGUGAUAUCCCCAUCAGCGGAAAUGCCUUGGAUGGUAACCCGUAUGCUUCGACGCCUCCGAGGCCCAUAAGCGUGGACGAGAUUCAAGAGCUCGUGAAAGAGUACGGCGCAGCAGCUAAACGGUCGAUCGAGGCCGGUUUCGAUGGGGUGGAAAUCCACGGCGCGAAUGGCUAUCUUCUCGACCAGUUCCUCCACGACAAUGUCAACACGCGCACAGAUGAGUACGGCGGCUCGAUCGAGAAGCGCUCCCGUAUUAUCCUUGAGGUGAUCAAGGAGGUCACUUUGGCCAUCGGUGCCGAGCGCGUAGGCAUUCGCCUGUCGCCAUACAACUACUUUCAAGAUACGCGCGAUUCCAGCCCCAACGCACACUGGCUCUGGCUCUGCUCGCAGAUCGCUAGUCUACCUUCCGAGUCCAAGCCAGCCUACGUCCACAUGGUCGAGCCACGCUUCGACGAGGUGUUGGAUGAAAGUGCGAAGAUCAAAUCAUUGCCCUCAGAAAAGCCGUCGUUGGAUGUGUUCCGACCGGUUCUGAAGGAGGGCGGAAUCGCAUUCUUGGUGAAUGGAGCCUUCAAUGCUGAGAACGUGGGACCGAAGAUUCUCAAUGACGGAGGGGAUGCGGUGGCUUUCGGUCGAUACUUCAUCUCCAAUCCUGAUUUGCCGCGUCGCUUGAAAGAGGGACUCCCAUUGACUCCGUAUGAUCGCUCCACCUUCUACGGGGCGGAACCCCCACAGAAGGGAUACACUGACUAUCCUUCCUACGAAAAGUAG